GCCCAAUUAGCUGUAUCGUAGCCAAAUGUAUGACCUAGAAAAGGUUCUAGUUUUGAUAUAACAAGUGGUCGUUUAUUGUCUUCCCUUCGUGCCAUUUAAAAAAAUUUGGCCAUUUCCAGGUGCCCGCCAUUCGACCGGCGUUUGUUUGGCGGCGAACCCAAAUAUCCUAGGAACCAAAUUUGUAUUCAGCGUGCGCCGGGUGCUGAAAGCGCCGGGCUACGGCGAGAAGCAACUGGUGUAAAUCGUUUUGCCGCCGCACGAGAAUCGUGAAAAAUGGCAUUCGAGCCUAGGGCAGAUGUAUUUAACGCCAACUACGCACUUCUAUGGGAGCCGUUGAAAAGUGUGCAGACAAGGAUAGAAGCCGCAAUCAUUCUUGGACAAGCAAACGCGUUGGAAGAAUUGCCGCAGCUUGUGCCAGCAGAGCGCGCCAAGUUUCUUUCAGUGCUCACUCAACCUCCAUGCAAUCAUGACCACAGAGAGCAUAUAAGGCAGCAUGCUACAAGUACCGGAAUCAGGACAACAGCAGGUGGAAGUAAUCCGUAUCGUGUUACCGAAGAUUUUGUACGGGAUACCCUCAAAGUGAGUGACGCACUGCAACUUGACGAAUUUCGAGCGGCCGAACUUGUUCUACGAGCGGAUAUACAAUUGCCAACAUUUCCGAACACUCCACGAGCCUGUGUUGCCGUCUGCCUCUUUUACGAUGGGCAACAAUCACUCGCUUCAUCACUCCAUCAUCUGGUUCGCAUCACGAGUGGACGAUCCUGGCACAGUAUGCUCCCACCUAACCUCGCAGCGAGGUUCAACAAUCAAAUGAUUGAUCUUAUGGUCCAGCACCAGCUAUUUUACCAUAUAAUGGACCGGCUGUCAAAUUUUAACGUUGCCGAUAAAAUUGGCGCCCUUGAAAAAGCUGGCCUCACAAGUGACAAUGCUAAGUUCCGACGUAUGUUAUCGAAGAGUAUCUACGAAAUCGAGGCCCUUCUCUGUGAAACUGUAUUCUACUGGUGUUCGCAACAGCCCGUCUCGGGGGAGCGUGCGACUGAACUGUUAAAUUUGAUUUCAGCAAAAUGCCAAACAACCCGAACUGGCUAUCUCAAUCGUCCGGGGUUGGUACUUCUAACCGGUUUGCUGAACGUUCUCAGUGCGCAUACCUUAACAGAGGCCAAUGCCGAUCCUAUGGCUUGUUGUCUGUUUCGUCAUCCGGAUAUGGCUGAUCGGCUUUUUCGUGUGAUGGAGGAGCGACAAGAAUUUAAGACUCCUGCUGUGAAGCCUAUAGUUAAACUGGCCAUAAGAACUGCUCUCCAUGGCAUUGAAGUGGCAUACACCCAUAAUGGUGAGAUUCCGGCACAAAUUCAACAAUUGCUACCAGAUAAUUCGAAAGAGCUUGAUACGAUUAUAAAAGACAAGGUAUUCCGUCACAUGGUUGAGCUUAUCGGGCCUCCACAGUGUACAGUUCAUACGGACCUAUUUUUCAUGAGCGCUUGGCAUAACCUUAUAACUGAUAUCAUCGUUAAACAGCAGCCCAGAAUGCGGUUUCUUCGGAUGCAGGGUGAACACAAUGGCCGUCUCUCUGUUAUGUAUCAAAAUGAGCACGGUGUGAAUCCACCUGAGGGUGACGAAAGCUUUCAGCAUUUACUGGAAUUUUUGUCAUUGCUCUAUCUCGAUUCGGACGGUAUGCGCACAGCUACCUUCGCCACCCCUCUGAUAGAAGAAUUCUGGUCGCAGGAAACGACCGCUAACACCCAUGGCCGUCCCACUCCCCGACUCAUUGCUCUGUACAACUUUGCCAUUCUUCAACGAGAGUUCACCGGUGCUAUGCCAGGCAACCUGUACAUACCAUACUGUCAAAUGUUGGCAACAAUUUGCCAAAGUCACAAAGCGGCUUCUGUUUGUUAUAACGUCUUACGCAACCAGCAAGGCCCGGCUACAGUGACGUUCGACCACAUCUUCAACAUGCUCCACAUAAUCCAUCAGAAACUUCGUACCGACGAUGUGUCGAAAGGCCAGGGUGCUCAGUUGAAUGCCCAUGAGGUGCGAGGACUUUGUGCUGCACUCGAUUUGAUAGCGGCCCUCAUCCGCCAUGCAGAACAUGCCCGUGCUGCCCUUGCAGAUCAUCCUAAUUAUAAUGCAGUUGUUUUGUUUGUUGCGUUGCUAGGAUGUUCAUUGCCGAUUCAGUUCAAAGCCUCAUGCGUGGAUGUUCUCACAGCAUUUGCUAGCACCCCGGAUGGUGCCCUACGGGUGUGGCAGCUGAUGGAAGCGGCUAAACUCGUACCGACGACGACUUACGUCAACGUUCAUCCACAACCCGGUAUGCAGAUGGACCUCGAAGAGGCUGAGAGUCGUGCUGGCUUCUAUCCUGUAACAAUUGCGUUUUUACGACUGCUUGACACGCUCACCAAUCGGCCACUACCGAUUAUUGUGGGCGGCCCAGUAUUUAAGAGUGGCUUUGAUCCAUACAUGAAUUACCUUCGUGAUUCGGUAUUCCUCAAAUUCCUCAACCGGUCGUACAACCGACCGGAAGAACGCUGGAUCGUUGCGUCCCUCUGUCUCAAGGUGAUGGAGAAAGUUUUGCGAAAAUUUAGUUGUGUGUCAGAUAACGUUCUGUUCAAUGAUUCGACAACACUCAUCGUGAAAAACACGACUGAGAAUGGCGCCUAUCUCGCCUACAAUCUUCUUGGACAUCUGAUGCAGAACGGCCCACUGUUACGGUUAAUUCUGAAGAUCAUUGUCGAGGGUAUUUUUGUGGUAGACAGCGAUGAGAACGUGCCCGAACAGAAAGAACUGGAAACUGCAAUCCUUCUUGCACUCCGUAUCAUACAGCAAGCGCUUAUCCAACAAGAGAACUUCCUGUGCGAAGUGCGCAACUCGAACUCAGCCCUGAUCGUCUCUCAGCUUGACGUUUUGCUAAAGGGUGUCAAUCCGCGAACGAAUCGGGCGGACUAUUGCGCGUCGUUCGGUAAAAUCGUUGGGUACUUCGAAGAACUCCCACAGCAGGCGCUUGCGGCGGCUCGCAUCCUUCUACUGUUGACACGAAAAAGCGCUCUUGCUGAACAUUUGGCAAAGGCGUUCACGAUGACGACGAACGAAGAAUUUACAGCUAUAUUGAACGGAUUUGUUGGCGCCCUCGACCUGCCCGCUUACGAAGAGCCGCCUCCGGGAAAAGAAUCUGAUUGGUCCGAGAACCAACUUCGCACAGCAAUAGCCCAGACAAUACUUCGCAUUAUUCAGCAGUGUCUCGAACAUCAUAGUGUACCAAACGUAGCCCAUCUACUGCUUGGCUUCAGUCUGACCCGGCCACUUUCGGAGACGCAGCUCCAGCCGCCCGGCGUUUACGGCACGCAGAAAAACUGCCUUCACAACACCGUACUUCUGCUCCAGUUGGCUGCGGAAAUGCCUGCAACCUUCAGCGCGUCCCUGAUUGAACUAUGCUUCAAGCUCGUUUAUCAGGUUUGCUAUAAUGUGCAUACCAGCAAAGCGACAAUUCACUAUAUACGAAGCGCGACAAACUUUUUCCAGCGCCAUCUUGAUUGUUUCCCGACUGUUCACGGUGAUAGUGGGGGUGGGAUGCUCGCGAGCAAGAUUCUUAUGCAACAGUGCUGGCUACUGAAAGUAAUCGCAAUUGAUCUGCGAUUGUCUGCCGAACAUAACGUGGGUCAUAUGAGAAAAAUUGUCCGCGUACUUGUCAACGAUGAGGGCGCAGUUGAUGGAAUGCAAAGACCCCUGAGGAGAAAACUGCUGAGCAUUCUAGAUGAGAUCAUCAAGGUGUCCAUACCGACGGUUAAAGCUCCGUACUUUGUCCAUUUUGACAAAGCAGAAGUAGAUCGCCUUCUUCAGGGAUGCCAUUAUUCAGAGAAUCCAGAUGGGCCCGUACUCGUGGAUAUAUCUGCACUUCAUGAUUAUUUGGCUCUAGAGAAAAUCACCGAAGCUGUUAACAUAUCUGGUAGCGUUGAAGCUCUAAAUAGGGAAAUUGCAGAGAUAAUCAAAACUGCCGUCCUCACGAACGCCAAAAACCGAUUCGAGUAUGCACGAAAAACAUGCUUAAACGCGUGGCGCCAGGUAGCCGGUACAAUUGUCGUUGCUAGCACCACGGAAGCGCUAGGAGGCGAAGCAAAAAUGAGGUUCUUACUUGAAGUGUCCACAGAGCUGCUUGCGUUGAUCAACGAUCCGCUCAAGUGCGGCGAUUCAGUUACACAGCUUUCUGAGGUGGUACUCAUUAACAUGAGGGCGUUGGCAGAACUCAUCAAAUAUUUUGGUAGUCACAGCCGCAUUUUCGAAGAAGAUGAGUCGAAUGCCAACGGCAUCGGAGCCACGAUUGAAGUAAACGCCUAUGCUGGACAACUGCUGGACAUCGUUCGCUCGUUACUUGACGCUUUAAUGAGGCACCCGAUCAGUAAACAGCUAGCUCGCAGCAACCUGUACGCUUCGCUCCUCAAUAUUCUAAAAAUUGCCAAAGUUCCCAAUGACGAGGAAAUUACUGGCGCUCGAAGAUCAGUUGGAGAGCGUGCGCUCAACACAAAUGACGCACAUGAGAAACUGCAAAGAUCUACUACAGACAAAAUCAAUUCGUACGGUGAUACGUUUAGGGAAGUGGUAUGUCGAGAUGUGUGCUCCGGCCAUACGGUCAUUCGCAUGGUAGCGUUGUCGCUUAUUGACGACGUUCUAUCAACCGACUAUACCGGAGCCUGGCUCGACUACAUCAGCCGCAAAGGUUACCUAACCCAUUUGAUCGAAAGCUUGGUGCAGGACGAUCGUGAGAUGGUCACACUACUCGAACGGGGCGGGGGCGAUGACAAACCAAUUCUUCUUUUCGUGUCGAAAGUAAAUGUUCUGCAGCGGGUAUCGAAGUGUGAACGUGGCGCUCGCAUGCUGCUGGACUCGGGCCUAAUCAACAAACUCACCGAACUAGGCUCGUUCCAGCGCCGUCCCGCCAACCCUACUCAAGGUGUGUUAACUGGCGCCGUCCUUUCCAACAGCCGAAGUGAGUUGUACCAGAAAAUGUUUGCGCCCGUCAUGCAACUCCUCUGCGCUAUAUCUUCCGCAGUAAAAUGCAACAAUCAGGACUGUAUCAGUCAAUUACAGAAUUUCCUAAUGGCCCAUAGCGAUAUCUUCAUCGUCAUCCUUCAGCAGAGACAUAACGAUGAUGUGAGUGAGUCGGCGUUAACGGAGAUGGCUUACACAUGCAAGGUGGUUGCUAGAGCGGGAUCACAUCUUGUCGGCGAUGUUCACCAGGGCCGGAUGCACCGAAUGCACGAAACUAUGUUGGCGAUUUUGCCGUGGGCGAUCGAACUGAACAUAAACGUCAAGUUAGAGACUAUUCGACUCGAGAUCAUUGAAAGCAUUUUGCAUUCUUGUGCUGACCUCCUCGCGCCCACGAUCUACGACCGCAAGGCGUGUUAUCUAUUGUUCGGUCCGAACAUAAUGGCGGCGAGCGAUACGCCACAACGAUACAACGUAGGCCAACGCGGCCAGGAGCCAAUUAGCCCGUUGCGACUCGGUUUACUUGUUUAUUCGCUGACAACCUUCGUCCAAAAUCUACAGCGGGCGACUGAACAAAAGAAGAACAAAUUCCAGAAGCUGGAAAAAGUCAACGAAUUAACCGCAGUUGAACUGAAAGAGAUGCUGCCAGAAGAUACCCGAAACGUUCCUUUAAGCACGUCGCUACAGAAGAGCAUCGUACGCGAUUUUCUUGCUAAUGAGGUGAAAAUGCUCAAUUGCCAGGUUGGUCUGAUGGCGUCCAUCAUCGAACAGAUGAUCUAUAUUCUGUGGCGGCAUCUGGAAUUCUACUUGCUGCAUUACAUCCCGCCGCACGAAACGACACUGGAACAGUUGACUCGCAGUGGGGGCGACCAUAGGGGCUCACUGAUUCCUGGUAAAGGUGUGGGACCAGCCAUCACCAGCGAAGAAAUUGAGGCGAUGCGGGCUUCGUUGAGAACCGUGUUUACUGAUAGCUAUUUCCGUCGACUAAAUCAGGCACAACUGAUUAUUGAAAACGAAAAACUCAGCACACAGAAAUUCAUCGACCCAUCUGUUCGGCGACUCAAAGACUUAACGCGGUAAUCGACAACUGAACUGGCUAGUUACGGCCUUCCAGAUGUUCCAGCGAAGUAUCUUCAAUCCUAUAGAUGUUUAUAUAAACCACGGUUUUUUCUUUCAAAAUGAAAAAGCAGUCCACCUGUUUGGAAGAGAAAGCAGCGGGCAUCACCAUCGAAACAGCCCUGGUGUUUAGGAAUGCACAGUCUACUUUCAUUAUUCUCUAUGGCGGCCCGUGUAUUUCCCCAUGGGUAGAGGCCACGCUAUAAUUUCGAUACGUCCGACUUGACGUAUAUAGAAGCUUCCAUGAUAAAUAUCGCUGUGGUGGAAGCGACAAUGCCAAAAUCGACACCCGAAACGUAUGUGUGUGCUUUGCAACUACUGACACAUAAAGGUAGACAACAAAAAUAAUGUCGGUCAUUGACGGUGAGUUGUUUGGACAGCGUCAACGAAAUAUCGGAGUUGAUUUCGUAUGUUAUAGAUAAUUAUGAAAUUAUUAUAAUAAACGAACGUUUAACUAAGAGUUAGGGAAAAUAUGAAUCGGAUCAUGUUUUGACUGAGCGAGAGUAAGCAAUAGUGUGGCCGAAUAUGAAGUCGCAUAUUGAUUCCGUGUUGAUCAUAAUAAGUUAUUAAGUAUGUAGCAAGAAUACCUCAUUUGAGAAAUUACCCUUAUGCUAGCUUCGGCAAAUAAUAAACGUACAAAUGAAAAAUAUACGUCGAAAAUUGUAUCAAACUAGAAAAAAAAUGAACUGGCAGCUAACGGAGCCAGUUCAAAGAAUAGAUAGAAGAAUAAAUAGAAAUUGAAUAUCCUCGUGCUAUCGGUUUUUCAUGUAUAUAUAUAAAACUAUAAAGUAUAUACAUAUAUAAUGAUAUGUAUGUUAUCAACAGUCCUACGUUCCGAUACGUUUUUAUGGCUAUUUCACAUAAUAAUGCAUAAUAAAUGUAAUGCCAUGUAUAUUUAAGAAAGUAAUGUGGGA